CCCAUGCCCAUCCCCAUGCCCAUCCCCAUGCCCAUGCCCAUCCCAUGCCCAUCCUGACUGAGCCCUCUCUGCUCCACAGCCCAUCCGUGGGGUUCCUGCAGCCUCCUGGCUCCGAGCAGUACCAGAUGCCGCAGUCCCCGGCGCCCUGCAGCCCCCCCCAGAUGCAGCAGCAGUAUUCAGGGGUGUCCCCGUCAGGCCCUGGUGUGGUGGUGAUGCAGCUGAAUGUCCCCAACGGCCCCCAGGCCCCCCAGAACCCCCCCGUGGUGCAGUGGAGCCACUGUAAGUACUACAGCCUGGAGCAGAGGGGGCAGAAGCCAGGAGACCUCUACAACCCCGACAGCAGUGCUCAGGCCAGCACCCAGCUGAGCAGCCCCAUCACGUCCCCCACGCAGUCCCCGACGCCGUCGCCCGUCACCAACCUGAGCAGCGUGUGCCCGGGGCUGAGCCCCCUGCCCGUGCUGCCCCAGUUCCCCCGGCCCAUGGGCCCUGCACAAGGUGACGGCCGCUACUCGCUGCUGGGCCAGCCUCUGCAGUACAACCUGUCCCUGUGUCCCCCGCCUCUGCUGCACAGCCAGCCCAGCUACACGGCACACCAGGGGCAGACGGGAAUGAAACACGGCAACCGGAGCAAGAGGCAGGCGCUGAAAUCGGCGUCCACCGACCUGGGGACAAGUGACGUAGUGCUGGGCCGGGUGCUGGAGGUGACAGACCUGCCCGAGGGCAUCACACGGACAGAGGCCGACAAGCUCUUCACCCAGCUCGCCAUGGCCGGUGCCAAAAUCCAGUGGCUCAAAGAGACUCAGGGGCGCCGCGGGGACGGAGGAGGCGGCGGGGACAACAGCGGGACUCCGGAGAACGGCAGGCACAGUGACCUCGCUGCCUUAUACACCAUCGUGGCCGUGUUCCCCAGCCCCCUGGCUGCCCAAAACGCCUCCCUCCGCCUCAACAACUCCCUCAGCCGCUUCAAACUGCGCGUGGCCAAAAAGAACUACGACCUGCGGGUGCUGGAGCGGGCGAGCUCCCAGUAGAGCCCCCGUGUGGGCACCGGGCACUCCCUGGGCCUCUUCUCCUCCCACCCUCCCUUCCUCUCGCCCUCCUUCCUUGAUAUAUUUAUAUGAACAUAAUUAAGAGACAAGAAGUUGAUUUUUUUUUUUUUUUUUUUGCUCUGUUGUUUUUUUAAUUAUUAUUUUUUUGGAGUGACGCCCGUGCCCGCCCCCCUCCCCUGUGUCUAUGGUUUUUGUUUAAGCACUGUGUUGGACCUCACAUACAGGUGUUGAUUGGUAUGUUCACUGCACAUUUUAUUUAAUCAAAUUAUUAUUUUGCUGGGGGGGGGGGAGGUGGGGGGAAUUUUUUUUUUGGUCUUAUUUUAUU